AUGGCAACUAUCACCGAGCACGCGCCCGAAGAGGCGGAGCACUCCCAGCAGCACCAGCAGCAGCAGCAGCAGCAGGAGACUGAAGUCAUUGACGCUCAAUACUCUGAUAAUAACGAGGCCGAGGAAGACGAGGAGAACUUUGAUAGCGACUACCUGAACGACCUCGAGGAUGAAUUGAACGAUUUCGAUGGCUGGGAUAACGCUACCGGAGAUUUCACAAAGCAGUACAACCGCCUUCGCCAACAACUCCAACCCAACAAAUCCACAAACCUCACCGGCGUCGUCUCCGCACCCGCCGCAAACCAGCCCCGCAAAGCCACCUCUGCCGCCGCCAAGGCGUCCAAGAAGGCAGCACAGGCAGCAGCACAGGCUUCGGAUGUAAUUCAGGAGAAGAGCGAGGAUUCGACCAUGUUGGGCGACCAGAUUGAUGCGCUUAGUUCUAAAUUCGAGGGACGUUUGCAUUUGGGUGCAACUAGUGUUGCUGCACCACAGGAGCGUGGGAAUGUUGGUAGUAAGAAAGGAUCUGGAGACAGGGCGAAGAACACGGACAAGUCGGACAGAGCAACAUCGGAUCAAGUUUUGGAUCCGCGCACACGUAUCAUCCUAUUCAAGAUGCUGAACCGCAACAUCAUCUACGAGGUCAACGGCUGUAUCAGUACCGGCAAGGAAGCCAACGUCUACCACGCCAGGACAGAAACCGGAGAACAUCGGGCUAUCAAGAUCUACAAGACCUCGAUUUUGGUCUUUAAGGAUCGUGAUCGUUACGUCUCAGGAGAGUACCGGUUCCGACAUGGAUACAAUAAGAGCAACCCGCGUAAGAUGGUCAAGAUCUGGGCCGAGAAGGAGAUGCGUAACUUGAAGCGUAUCCACCAGGCCGGUAUCCCGUCCCCUGAGCCUUUGGUCUUGAGGAUGCAUGUGUUGGUGAUGGGUUUCUUGGGAGACAAGAACGGAUGGGCGUACCCUCGACUCAAGGAUGCCCAGAUUGAUACAGACCGGUACCCAUCGUUGUACUUCCAGCUGGUCAAGUAUAUGAGGAUCAUGUACCAGACCUGCCACUUGGUCCACGCCGAUCUGUCCGAGUACAACAUCCUCUACCACUCCAAGACGCUCUACAUCAUCGACGUCUCGCAGUCCGUCGAGCACGACCACCCGCACGCGUUCAACUUCUUGCGAAUGGACAUCACCAACGUCUCGGACUACUUCCGAAAGAAGCGCGUGGCCGUCAUGGGCCAGAAGGAGUUGUUUGAUUUCAUUACCGAUGUCUCGAUCGAUAUGGCGGACGAAUCGAUGGAUGCAGAGCUGGAGCGGAUCAUGACCGCCAUGCCCGUCAACGAGACUGAGGCUGAGGCCGAGAAGAGGAAGGUUGAUGAUGCCGUCUUUUCACAGUCGUAUAUCCCUCGCCAUUUGCAGGAGGUCAUUGAUGUCGAGAGAGAUGUCCGCAAGGUCUUGGAGGGCGAUACUGAGGAGCUGUUGUAUACCAAGAUGACCGGUAUCAAGAAUGUUGAUGACCGACCUUCUGCCGUUGCGCCUGUGGAGGAGGAGAAGAAGAAGAAGAAGAAGUCGUCCAAGAAGUCCGUUGCCUUUGAGGAGGAUGAUGAUGCGGAGGAGGGAGAGGAGGCCCCAGCCGUCGAGGGCGAGGAGAAGAAGAAGAAGAAGAAGAAGUCCAAGUCUGUGGAUCCCGAAGCCGAGGCUGAUGUUCAGGAGGAAGGUGGCGAGGCCGAGGGCGAGGAGAAGAAGAAGAAGAAGAAAAAGUCCAAGACUGUCGAUCCCGAGACUGAAGGUGCGGAGGUGGAGGAGGGCGAGAAGAAGAAGAAGAAAAAGAAGUCCAAGUCUGCUGACGUCGAGGCCGAGGCCGAUGUUGUCGAGGAGGGCGGUGAGGUUGAGGGUGAGGAGAAGAAGAAGAAGAAAAAAUCCAAGAAGGUCGUCGCCGAGGUCGAGGUUGAGGCCGAGCCCGAGUCAGUCGAGGAAGAGGAAGAGCAGGUUCCCGAACCCGUUGCCGCAGAGGAACAUAACGACGAAGCCGAGGUCGAGGAUGACGACAACACUGACGAAGACGACGAGGACGAGGAUGAGGACGAUGAGGAAUACGAAUACGACUCGAACGACGACGACUUCAAGAAACAAUCGCGCGGCAAGCGGAAUGAAGACAAGGACGCCAAGAAGGAUAGGAAACUCAAGUCCAAGGAGGAGGCCCGUGAGAAGCGCAAGAACAAGAUCCCUAAGGCCGACAAGAAGCGUAAAAUCAAGACCUCUUCUUCCAAGAAGAAGUAA